ACUAUCUCAUUAAGAAUGAAGACUAGCUAUUCCGUGAUCCUAAGGAAACUCAAUUCUGUCAUUAAGAAUUUAGGCUUCCCUAUACCGUGAUCCUAUAAACAUCUCUCAAUUUGACCCAUGAUCCGUUCGAUCUGUCUAUCUUGAUUAACAUUUCGCAUAAUUCUUCCAAAUUUCUCCCUUUUUAAUGUAUUGGUCAAGUUUUUCUUUGUUUCAGUUGAACUGUGCUUGCUCCCAGGUAACAGUCGCAGAGAAAAUUUCAUCUGCCAUAUGCAUCGUGUUAUUUGGACGGACUUCUUUCAGUAAUGCUUUCUUUGUUUGAUAUGGUUUUCCAUUUUAUACGCAAUAUGUCUACUGUUAUUUUCCAACCUUAUCGUCUAUUUUGUCGCUUUAGCAUCCCAGAUCUGCUUUGUCAUUGCUCUUUGCUAUAUAACAUUUUAUCUUCGCCAUCCACACAAUGGAAAAUAACCCGGUUGCUCUUUAUUCGCUAAUCGAAUACAAUUCCUCAUAAGUCAUGCAAAUUUUUUUUAAAGAUACCCCUGUAGCCCACAACCCUGCCCGUCAAACACUUAAAUUCAACCCAAAUCAAUUUAUAUCGACCAAUGCUCCGGGUUUUAUAUUUGGGCCUUCAAUCAUGAUGUCAACCCACCAAGAAUUCAGGUCCCUUUACCCCAAAAGUUAACAAAAAAAAGCCCAAUCAAUAAGUCAUGUGCAACGACCACUGCUAUCCAGCCUAACGUUUGCUUUGACCAGGUUCAACCGUUACUGUAAACCUGUUCUAACAUUUGGUUCUCACUCCCCUGCUGCCUUUGCUGACUUCGUCCUCUGCGUGCAGGCUUAGUCGCCAUACAUGAUUGACUGGCCCGAACCGCUGACCUGAUUGACCUGUUCGUCUCCAAUCUUCAAUCUUUUUUCCCUGCUUCGCCCUGUUGGUCACCCUUUCCCUGCUCGCUUCCGGUGGCGUGUGCAGAUGGACGAUCAUGCCAAGCUCACGAGGCAGCGCCGCAAGGCUUCUCUUAGCAAGCAAAGGGGCCAAUUGCAACCUUAUCUCCGUUCAGACUAUCGGGAAAAUAGUUCAUUCGCGACUUCUCCUUCUCAUCUGAUAUCAGUUUUUUUCUUACUGCAUAAUGCGCCACUGUGUUUAUGCAUAUAAACGAUUGUCUUUUAAUGGCCCGGAAGAUCCUGCCUCUUUUAGUGUCUUCUAUCUGGAAAGAAUCCAAACAUUCAAACUCACGUCCUGCCCCGAACGACACUGCCUCCACCGGUCGUCCUGACAGCACCGGCUGAUACCCUUGCAGGCUCAUCUUCGUGCAACAUAUCUCACACGAGGGGCAAUCCGAAGCAUGCCAAAAGACAUCAAAUGUCAGCUAUGUUCUGCAGUUUUACUUUGUUCGACGUGCUCGGUGGGAUUACUUGGUUCAACUUCCUCAAAACCCCCCCUCAUCAGAGGGUUCGGUGUUAGUGUAGAUGUACAUCGAAACAAUUUGUUUGUUUGUAUCCAUAUGCAUGUGGGUUGACUGCUUUUCGGCUGGGGUUGUUUCGCACGGAUAUUGGACUUAUUUAAUUUGGCUCUAUCGUCUAUCAAUUACUGCUUACUCAUUGGCAUGAAAACUCGCAGGUAUGGCUCCCACUUAUCUUUAUCUCAGCUGAGUCAUGCUCAUUUGCCCCACGCCACCGCUUCGGGAGUGCAUGUAUUUGUUGCGUCCACUACUGAACAAGGUCGGUACUUUUAACCAUAUUAUGUCUGGGUCAAUGCUAUGGUUACUUUUAUUGUGCUGGCUCAACAACAGACGUCAUGUGCAUCCCUCAAAAUAUUAAUAUAUUAGGCAAAACUGAAAAAAAAUCCAAGUUAAACUGCUUUGUUUUCUUACCUUUUUUAGUGGAUUAUGCAUGGAUCCUUUCACAUCAUUGCACUCCUCUUAUUUUUUCCCCGUCUUGUGUCAUGCAUGCAUAACUUUGCUCAUUUGAUAUCUCCUCAAUUAUUUGAUUGGGUAGAUGUUUGGUCAAUUCGGCUUCCUCGACAAAAAUGUUUUUUCUGUGGGGCCAAUAUGUAGACUGAGGAGUGCCUUUCGAAAAUUGGUCCGAAUAACACUAUGAUGUUUGGUCUUUGUUGCAUGAGUGGCAAAGUUACUUUGCCUUUGUUGCCAGUACCACCUCCACUAUUGAUGUUGCUGUUGGAUGGUUGUGAUGAAGUAUCUAUGCACUAUCAGAAACAUAUUAGGUCUUUCAUCGAUAUGUUUUCGUUCACAUCCAUGGCGGGAAAGAUACUGUACACAAUUAACAAGGGAGCGCCCCUCCCGUGUUUGUUAUCAAUGGCCAGAAUUAUCAUUCCAUUGGGAGUUUGAUGCCACACCCAUCUUGCAAGCCAAAGUUUGCACAGUUAUAUUUUUAUGAUACUGAGAAUGAGGUUUAAAACCGAAUUGAUGCAAUUAGGCACGUUAACUAGCAAACUUUGAUUGAUAAAAAAUUGUUACUGACCUCAGAGACAUGCUUGAUUCCCAUAAUUCACUUGCUAAGGUGUUUCGGUAUGCUGCUGAAAGAUUUGCUCAGGAUUCAACGACUCCACUUCGAGUUCGUCUUAUUAAGAAGAGGGAUACCAACAGUAGAAGAUACAAUCUACCAUCAACAUCUGAAGUUGCAGCCUUUAUUUUCGGUGAUUUCGAUCAAGAAAACCUUGCAAGAGAUGUUAUUAUCGAAACACAUUCAAACCUGUUGAAACGAAUUGAUGUUAAUCACCCUCAGUAUCUAGCUCUUCAAUACCUCUUGCUAUUUCCAUACGAAGAAGAUGGUUUCAGGAACGACAUUUUAAUUUCUGAAGAAAUAUCUAAUCAAAAUAUAUAUAAAAAGGAAACCAUUAGCAUGAGGGAAUUUUUUUCUUAUCGCCUUCAGAUGAGAUCUCAUGAGUCGCAAGUUAUUCUAAUAUCAAGAAGUUUGUUCCAGCAGUUUUUAGUGGAUAGUUACACCAUGGUAGAGGCUGAAAGAUUGCAGUAUCAUAGGCACCACCAGAACAAGUUUCGCUCCCAUCAAUUGCAAGGGCUUCAUGAGUGUCUUAUUCAGGGUGAAACUCAAGCUGCUAAAACUGGCAAACGGGUUUUCUUGCCAUCUUCAUUUGUUGGUGGUCCUCGAUACAGUUGUCUAUAUAGUUGAAUUUCAAAAGCGUGGCCUUCCCCACUAUCACAUUUUGUUGUUUAUUCAACCAAAUCAAAAUCCACAAUCCUCCACCCAUAUUGAUCAACAUAUCUCAGCUGAGAUUCCUGACGAACACGUUCAACCGAAGCUCCACAAAUUAGUUCAGAAGUUCAUAGUUCAUGGACCAUGUCAAGUGGUUAAUACUAGCAGCCCAUGCAUGGUGAACGAAAAGUGUUCCAAAUUUUAUCCACUCGCCUUCCGUGAGACAACAGUUAUAGUCAAUGCAAGCUUCCCGAAGUAUAAACGCCCGGAUAACGGCCGUUUCAUCCAUGAUUCGGCUGUCUUCGUGGAUGAAAUUCAAAAUUACUAUGAUUGUCGUUAUAUCUCUGCGUGUGAGGCUUUUUGGAGGCUGUUCGGUUUCGAGAUUCAAUUCAAACAACCUAGCAUCAUUCGCCUGCCAUUCCAUCUGCCAAAUGAACAGCAUGUGCUACACCAAGAUCAUCAGCUAAUUGAAAAUGUCAUAGACAAUGCUGCUGCAAAAGAUAGUAUGUUUAUUGGAUGGAUGAGAGCUAACAAGGAAUUUGAUAUUGCCCAUAACCUCACUUUCGUGGAUAUGCCAACAUAUUUUGUUUGGAAUAAGCAGGGACAUAUAUGGAAGCCUCGGAAACAGGGUCAUGUCAUCGGUCGUCUUACCCAUAUUCCUCAGUCCCAUGGAAAGGAGUAUUAUCUUCGUCUGUUGUUGAAUUACCAAAAGGGGUGUGAAUCUUUUGCAGAUAUCUGAUCAGUAAAAGGUGUUAUAUACGACACAUACAAAGAAGCCUGUUAUGCCCUCGGGUUAUUGCAAGAUGACAAGGAAUUCAUUGAUGCUAUUAAUGAAGCUAGCUCUUGGGCGUCACCUUCUUAUAUCAGGAGAUUGUUUGCAAUGCUUUUAAUGUCGAACAAUAUUGCUUGCCCCCAAGUUGUUUGGGAGCAGUGUUGGCAACAUUGUGCAGAAAACAUGAUUUCUGACUACAGGCAGAUUCCAAGUUCUUUCUGAAUUUCUUUAUGCAUUUGUCUCUCAGUUCUGCAACAUUAACACUUCAUCGUUAUAAAUCCUCUUUGCUUUAACCAAGUUUAGUUAUAUUUCUUAAGAAUUAACUUAUAUAACAAUAAAAAAACAUUUUCUGACGCCC